AUGGUGCUGGAGAAACAUCGCUACGAAUGUGACUGCACUCGAACCGGCUUCUAUGGGGAAAACUGCACUGUUCCGGAGUUCUGGUCCAGAGUUCGCCUCACGCUGAAACCAAAUCCUGAUGUCGCUCACUACAUCCUCACCCACUUCCACUGGUUCUGGGACUUCGUCAACAACUCUUUCUUGCGAAGUACUUUCAUGAAACUGGUGCUCACAGCCAGAACUUCCCUUAUUCCAUGCCCUCCGACCUACAACAGCAAGUAUGGAUAUCUGAACUGGGAGUCCUGCUACAACCUCACUUAUUACACCAGGAUUUUGCCUCCUGUACCGGAAGACUGUCCUUUGCCCUUGGGAACUAAAGGUAAACCUGUUCUUCCUGAUCCCAAAGUGUUGGCUGAGCGUUUCUUUAAGAGAACCAAAUUUCGUCCAGACCCUCAGGGAGCCAGUCUGAUGUUUGCUUUCAUGGCGCAGCACUUCACUCACCAGUUUUUCAGGACAGACCAUGAAGUUGGAAGGGGGUUCACCAAGGGUUUGGGACAUGGGGUAGAUGCUGGCAAUAUUUAUGGAGACAAACUCAUGCGACAGCUUCAACUCCGACUUCACAAAGACGGAAAGCUGAAAUAUCAGAUAGUAAAUGGUGAGAUGUACCCUCCUACAGUAGCUGAAGUCCCUGUGUUCAUGGCUUAUCCUGAAGACUUCUCUCCAGAGAAGCGUCUGGCCAUCGGUCAUGAGUUAUUUGGCCUCCUGCCGGGCCUCACCAUGUAUUCCACCAUAUGGUUGAGGGAGCAUAACAGAGUCUGUGACAUCCUGAAGGCAGAACAUCCCACCUGGGACGAUGAGCAGCUCUUCCAGACCACCAGACUCAUCAUCAUUGGGGAGAUAAUCCGCAUUAUUAUAGAAGAGUACGUGCAGCAGCUGAGUGGUUACCUGCUGAGCCUGAAGUUCGAUCCCACAAUGCUCUUCGAGGAACGUUUUCAGUACAGCAACCGCAUCGCUCUGGAGUUCAGCCACCUCUACCAUUGGCACUCUCUGAUGCCUGACAGCUUCCUCAUUGAUGGAGAUGAAAUCCCGCACUCCCAGUUUCUGUACAACACCUCCCUCUUCCUGCACUAUGGGGUGGAGAAACUGGUGGAUGCCUUCUCUCGACAGCCUGCAGGACAGAUCGGUGGUGGCCGUAAUUCUCAUGAAAGCCUCCUCACAGUCUCAGAAAUGGUCAUCAAAGAGUCUCGAACAACACGUGUGCAGCCCUUCAAUGAAUACAGGAAGAAGUUUAACCUCAAGCCAUACAGCUCUUUUGAGGAAUUCACUGAUGACGAGGAAAUGGCCAGAGGUUUACAGGAACUCUACGGUGACAUAGAUGCUUUGGAGUUUUACCCCGGCCUUUUACUAGAAAAAGCACGCCCUACUGGUAUCUUUGGUGAGAGUAUGGUGGAGAUGGGUGCUCCCUUCUCCCUGAAAGGCCUGCUGGCAAACCCCAUCUGCUCCCCUGAGUACUGGAAGCCCAGCACCUUUGGGGGAGAGACGGGCUUCAAUAUCGUCAAAACUGCCACUUUGAAGAAACUGGUGUGCCUCAACACCAAGUGGUGUCCAUACGUGAACUUCCAUGUUCCACGAAAUGAGGAGGAGGCAAAACCAAGGAAACCCUCCACUGAGCUUUAAAUUAUCAAUUGGCCUAAUUAGUUUUUCAAGAGUUUAUCGCCUUUCUUUGGUAGAUAAGAGUCUGUUCAAAUGCGUCCUAAAUUAUUGUUGCAUUGAAUGACUUCUGUAAUUCCUGCAUGCGUUCACCAGUGGUGGAUUGAAACAACUUUGAAGCAAAGCAUCUGAAUACUUCUUCCUACACUGGCAUUCACCUUAUACCUGUAUCUGUUCAAAUAGGAUAUUGAAUUAAAUUUACUUUCAACUGCCA